AUAUCUUGAUAACAAUCAACUCACUGGCACAAUUCCUGCUUCAAUAGGGAACUUUGCAGACCUGACUUAUCUAUCAAUUUCGCACAAUCAGCUCAAUGGCACAAUUCCUGCGGAAAUCGGCAACCUUGCAAAACUUAACAAAAUUGACCUCAGUGAUAACCAGCUGACUGGCACGAUUCCUUCAACAAUUGAGAACCUCUUUGAGCUGCGAAGAUUUGACCUGAGUAACAACAAGUUGUCUGGCACUAUACCGGACGAAAUUACAGGCUUGGUCUACCUCACACUGUU